CCGCCAGCGAGAGCGCGGCGGAGCGAAAAUGUGAAGGUGGACUCCGACUGAGCAGCAUUGUGUUGCAACUGAUACCUGUUCCUGUCAAGAAGAAAAAUACAUUUAAAAAAAAAAGAAAUUCCGCCAAUAUUCUCUCGGAGCAAGAACGCGAGCUUUAUUUUGGAUUUUGUCAUCAUUGGAAAUACCCUCGCUUUAUUUUUUUAAUUUUUAUUACACAUUUUUGUUGUACCACCCUGUCAGAUUUGAGGCAGAUCGGAGUGAGGAGCAUCAUUCACCUCCACUGGAUGGACCAUUUGUUUACACUACACAAUUCCGAGGGAAUAAACUGACCCGUGACGAUCUCCUCUCGCUCCAUGGGAUUGUUCUCGACGGAGACGCUUUGUUUGGAGGAAGAACAACAGUGGGCACCAUGAGCUCCAGUGCGUAUCACCAGAGAUCCGCAGAAAGUGAACGGAGUUCUGGACUAAUCCGGUGCCAGCGAUGUCGGGAAGUAUGUAAAGGGGAGGUGGUACGAGUUCAAGAAACCCACUUCCACGUCAAGUGUUUCACCUGCACCGUGUGUAACUGUGAUCUGGCCCGAUCCGGCUUCUUCCAGAAGAAGGGCGAGUACAUCUGCACGGCCGACUACCAGCGUCUGUACGGCACGCGCUGCGACCGCUGUGACAGCUUCAUCACGGGAGAGGUAGUCUCCGCUCUGGGACGCACGUACCACCCCAAGUGCUUUGUCUGCAGUGUCUGCAGUAAGGCCUUCCCCAUCGGAGACAGAGUGACGUUCAGCGGGAAGGACUGCGUGUGCCAGCAGUGCUCCCGCACACUCGUCAAGCCAAAUGAGCCCAUCAAGAUCCACGGGCCCAGCCACUGCGCCGGGUGUAGGGCCGAGAUCAAGCAGGGCCAGUCCCUCCUGGCUUUGGAGAAACAGUGGCACGUCAGCUGCUUCAGGUGUCAGACCUGCAACAUGGUCCUGACGGGAGAGUACAUCAGCAAGGACGGUGUGCCGUACUGCGAGGCUGAUUACCACGCCCAGUACGGGGUAAAGUGCGAGACCUGCAGCAGAUACAUCAGUGGAAGGGUUCUGGAGGCGGGUGGCAAACACUACCAUCCGACCUGCGCUCGAUGCUCCCGCUGCAGCAUGAUGUUCAAAGAGGGAGAGGAAAUGUACCUGACGGGAUGUGAGGUGUGGCACCCGCUAUGCAAGCAAGCAGCGAGGGCGGAGAGGAGACUCAGGCACAGACGUCUGUCGGAGGCUUCCCUCUCCCCACCGGGCUCCUCCAUAGGCUCUCCCAGUAGGGUUAUAUGCGCCAGAGUGGAGAAUCAGUUCCUAGAUUAUAAGGACCUAGCCGCCCUGCCAAAGGUCAAGGCCAUAUAUGAGGUCCAACAGCCAGACCUCAUAUCCUCCUCAUACCAGCCGUACCAGAGAUACACCUCUGAUGACAGGCUAGAAUCUUACACCUAUGGGGAGUCACUCGGGACACUCUCUCCCUAUCCUCAGGACUACGACAGCCUGGAUAUAAAGCAGAGGCGGUGCUCCAGUCCAGGUUAUAUUGACUCGCCGACAUACAGUCGUCAAGGCAUAUCACCCAUCAUGCCUCGCUCCCCGCAGCAUUACGCUUACCCUGGCUCUGAGAGCGGCAGGAGUUCACCUUGUUACGGCCAAGAGGGGCGGUCAAGCACGCCCACCACAAUCCAGCCCCCUAAACAUUUUCAUGUGCCAGCCACAGAGGAACCCAAUAUCUACAAGAAGCCUCCCAUCUAUACGAGAACGGACAAUUAUCUGGACACAGCCACCAAAAGCAGGACCAGCGAGGACAUCGUCAGGUCCUCCAGGCUGUCCACCUACUCCCCCGAGCCGUACGCCCAGUCAGAGUCGGACUACUGCCCUUACACCAGCUCCCCCAGGGCCUAUCGGGUGCCAAGGAGACGCUUUUCGACAGGAGGAGAUGAAGAGAGUUGGAGUCACGGUCUUCAAAGAAUCGGGAGUGGCAUUGGGAGGAUGAUCCUAAAGGAGGAGAUGAAAGCCAGAUCUGGUUCCUACGACAACGACCCCUGGGGCAGUGCUAGGAAUUCUCGUUGUGGGAGCAAGGAAACGCUCAACACUACAGGCUACGGCACCACGGCGUACAACAACACUGUCAACGGAUCGCCAAGAUCUCAGUACAGCGCUGAUAGUGAUUUUGCUUGUAAGACCGCCUCGCUACCAGGAUACGGGCGCAAUGGCAUCCAGAGGCCUCAGAGUGCUGAUUGCUACCAGUACCAGUAUGAUAGUGGCAGUGAGGUCAAUUGGGGAAAUAGAGCAGAAUACAAGAUUUACCCCUAUGAGGCGCUCAUUGUCACCACUAGAGGUCGCAUCAGGCUGCCCAAGGAUGCUGACAGAGCCAGACUGGAGCGUCACUUGUCCCCAGAGGAGUUCCUGCAAGUGUUUGGCAUGACUGUGGAAGAUUUUGACCGGCUGGCUCUGUGGAAAAGAAAUGAGCUGAAGAAACAGGCCCGACUGUUUUAACAACUUGUAGAAGUCUGUUGAAUACUGCCAUAACUACAUUAAGAGGGUUGUGCAAGGUGAAGAAAGAGAUAUUAAGACUUCUGCUUUGUUUCACUGCCAUGGCUGAGAACCUGUUCUAGAUUUCCUCAUGUGACAAACCAAAUUCCAAUCCCACCAGAGACACAGAGGGAAGGCCACGGAGGCAUUUUUCACAGAUGGACUGAUAAACUGUUUCAUGGCUGUCAGUGCAACUGUGGCAGUUUGCUGGAGUGACGUGUAAGCAAUAGAGAGGGUGGUAUAUUACCGUUGUUGUUGGGUUUUUUCAAGCCUGAAUAAUGGAGGAAGACACUGUGGGGAUGUCCAUGACCUGAGGCGCAGUACUAAACCAUAAAGAGGAGAAUUUUGGCUUUGCCUUAUUUUUUAUGCUCUCUUAGUUAUGAGUGUGCAGCACCAGCAAUCUGAAUGAGUAGAAUGUAGAUACUGUAUAUCCUUUAUGACACUUUAUUAGUGUGAAUGAUUAGAUGAGAGGGAGUGAGGGAGCAUAGAGCAUCUCUUUGCUUUGGUCUAUCAGGAUGCAUUUUGUUUGACCUGUUCCCUAUUUUUGCUUUUUUACUUGAAAUACUGCGUCCCUCUGGUUUACACUUACAUAGAAUGAAACAUGGAACAAUCAGAGGUGGGCAUAUUUUAAGCGUGACCUUUGAUUUGUGUGCAAAAUAAAACGAAAGUGAGAAUGCAGAUGUAAAGAUUAGCAGAUCACUUCAAUGUAAUGUUCUGGUUGAGUAGUUAAAGGUCACCAAUAGAUGCAGUUACCUGUGCAGCUGUAUAGCAACCUACAAUAAUGUGCAAUUCAGUAGAUUAAAUAGAUAAUUGGAACAAAGAUUCAGUCCUCCCGCUCUAAUGUUUUCCAGCUCAAUGCAAUAGAAUAAUGACAAAAUGUUUUAGGAUGAGCUCUGGUCAUCCCGACAUUUACACCCACUCUUAUUCAUAAUUCAGUAAUUUUGUAGAUAGAUGCAAGGUAUUUAGGAUACUGACCAAGAUCAUGGGUUGUUGAAGAUUUUACUUCCUUUGAAUACUUUUGUCAUUUUGUCACUAAAAAUUAAACUUGAAAUAAAUUGA